AUGGUGCUCGUCCUGCUCCUGAUCGCAGCCGCAUCCCCGCCCUCCUCCUCCACCGUCUACAUCAUGCGCCACUGCGCGAGGUCGACGUACCUGCCCGACCUUUACGGCGGCCAGCGGCCCGCGUACCUCGCCAACUACUCCGACGGCGGCGACCUGCCGGAUUGGGGCGUCGCGCCGACGCUGUGCACCGCGCGCGGCCGCCGCAUCAUCCAGGGGCAAGGCCGCUCGCUGCGCGGCGAGAUCCUCGGACGGAUGGGGCCUGCGCCGGGACGCCUCAAGGUGACCUACGACGCGGGCUCGACCCGCGACAACACCACGGCCGAGGACCUCCUCGCGGGCCUUGGCCUGCCGAGCAUUGCGCGCGUGGGCGACGCCGCCGUCUUUGACCCGCCCUGGUGCCCGCAACUCACCGCCGCCGCAAAGGAGCGGGCGGUGCGCGCGCGGCUCAAAGCCGUGCCUCGGCCGGCGCGGUAUGAGGGGCGGCUGGCGGCGCUGCAGGCGCUGCUCGGGCGCGGGGUCGCGCCGCCGCUGCAGUCCAUCCCGGACGUGGUGGCGGGCGGCGCCGUCGGCUGGCUGGGCGGCUCGUUCGUGGCGAGCUCGUGGAUCGAGGCGAUGCUGCUGCAGUUUGGCGCCGGCCUUCCGAUGGCGUACGGCCGCGUGGCCCCGCCGCAGCUGUACGAGAUGCUCGAGCUGCACGUCUACUACCGCGCCAUCGCCGACCGCGGCCUCUCGAUCGAGCGGCGAGGCGAGUCCAACCUGCUCGCGCACGUGCUGAGAGACCUCGCGAGCGGCGCCGGCGGCGCGAGCCCGCAAGGCGGCGGCGCGAGCCUGUACGUCGGCCACGACACAAACCUCGACGGCCUGAGCGCCCUGCUCGGCCUCGGCUGGCCGGCGGCGCCGCCCUACCCGGCAAACACCACCGUCCCGGGAGGGAUGCUCCGUCUGACCGCGACGGCGGCGGGAGGUGCCACUGCCGUGUGCGCCAGCUUCCUCUACACCCGCUUCGAAGACGCGUCGGGGGGGAUGGCCGAGGUGGACGCGCUCUUCCCCACCGGCAAGCCGUGCAUCUCGCUGGUUCAGCUCACUCAGCUGGCGGCGGCCGUCGUGGACAAGCGCUGUGUUCGCCUACCAGCGCCCUCAGCGAGUUAG